AUUGUCCAUUUGUUUCGAGACUGUCAUUUGGGGGAAGAAAAUGGCGGCUCCAUAGUUACGGUGUACGCCAACACUAUGUAGUGGAGGAGGUAAUCUUUUUUUUUGAUGCAACUAUCACAAACAUGGCUGACAAAAUCAACCAGACAUGAUAAAGGAUGAAACUAAAAGAAGAUGCCAGUAGGAGCUAUGCAUUUAUUCCAAAGAUCAGUGAAACAAGUAGAAAAAUUGCAAAUCGUCGUUUGAAAACUUUAGAUUCAAAUGUUCCUCAUUUUAUGCGAGACAUAAAAUGCAGAACUCUUGAACCUUUAGCGCCUAUUCCAACAAAUUUAGAUAAAAGUGCAAUUUUUGGAGAGAAAGAGGAGGAUUCAAACGAUCACGACACGUCAAGUGAAAGUUGUUUGUCUCCAAAACCAACAGAGAAAAACGUAAACAAACCAUCUAUUUACAACCUACGAACAGGAAAAAUGACUGCGAAAUCGGAUGUGUAUUUAGAUGAUAAUAUAUUUACUUUCCGUCCUAAAGUCAGUACUGCAAGCCAAAAAAUUGUUCAAAAUCUUGGAACAGAUUUUAUGGCAAGACAGCAGCAGCAUUUAGAUCGCCAAAAGAGGAAUAUUGAACAAGCAUCGAUCCACUUCUCCACUUAUAAUGGUCGACUUUCUCCUGUCAGUAAACUCAGAAAAUACAAGAAAAUAAAAGAGGGAGUUGAAGAGGGGGAUCUCAAUAAUAACUCUACAGAGGAGCCAUCAGAUGGGGUCAAAAGUCAAGGACAAGAUGGCGAUCAGGAGAGCAGUGAUGGAAAGGAUGUAAACCGCAGCAAGAACGUGUCCCCUAGUCUACAGAGAAUCCUGGAUGGACCCUACGCUCAGAGUAACAACGACAUGGUGCUAAAACGUCACAAAACCAGACUGGGCAGUAAUCAGCACAAAGGGAAGGUCAUCUCGGAGCUUGAGGAUAAUAAAGAUAUUCCAAGACGAAGGGUUCCAGAAGAAGGGGGCACCAGUACUGGGACCCCCGAUAUUUCUGAAUCCCCGUCAAACAGCCAGGGAGAUUUGGAUGGCGAAGUGUCAGAGUCCUUGUCUCGCAGUAAGACCAUGCCCUCCCUGGGACGACCCAAAAUCUCCCGGAAACUGACCAACAUUAAUUCAAGCACAGAUCGUCUGAAGGCAGCAAAAGAGCAGGCAGAAAAGGCCAUAAAGAACCGGAAAGUGUUCACUAUCCAAGGAGGAUACAAUGCCAUCAGACAAAGUCUUCGCAAAAGAGGCUGGGUUGAGAAAUUCUACAAAAUGUCUACUCCUCCAAAGAAAACACCAAGGAAGCGUCGUAAAACAGCUGAUGAUAGCGAUGAUGACGACGAUGAUGACGACGAUGAUGAUGAUGAUGACGAUGAUGAUGAUGGUGAUAGCGAUAAUGAUCAACCUAAGAUACCACCAUGGGAAGAAGAGGAUGGGAUAUAUGGAAUAAUGUCUCGGAUUGUGAGGAAUGUCAACCCCACAUUUAUCUGGGUGUUGAAGAGAGAUAUUGUAGACUACAGGUUUCUAACCAAGGACCAGAUGGUGAACCACUAUGUGAAGGCAGGCUCCUUUACAACAAAGGUUGGAUUAUGUAUCAACAUGAGGAAUGUUCCUUGGUUUGAUAAUUCAGACCCAGACACCUUCUAUCCACGAUGUUAUCGCCUUAGUCAUGAGGAGGAGAAGAAUUCCUUCAUUGAUGAUUACAGGCUUACUAUGUGUGUAAAUAUCCUAAAGAUAAUAUCUAGUCAAUAUAAAGAUGAAAUUAUUCCUGAGGAAGAGGAAAAUAAAGAUAACGGAGAGGAGAAAAAAGAUACCGGAUCCGAGAAAACGGAUAAAAACGGAGACAAUAGUGAGAAAAAUGACUCAAAUUCUGAUAAAAAGGAAGAGGAGUUUGUUUGUACUAACCCCGAGUGUACUCGGUCUAAACCAGGUGUAUCAUCUGGAAAUGUUUGUGCUCACGCUAAAGAACGAUUAGAAAUGUUAGAACAGAAAACAUUGGAAGCUGAAAACAAGGGAAAUAAACCUAAAGAGAAGACACCUGAAAUUAUCAGACCCGUGGAGAGUGCUAAAACACCAGUAACAAGUCGUUCUGUAAAACAGAAGGGAGGGAAGAAGAAAAAGAAGGUGGUGGUCCCAAUAACGUGUCUAGAGAGAGCAAUGAAGCAAUGUGAUAAAUUUAUAGAGGAGCGAAGUCAUGAUGAUAUAGAUGUUUUAAAUGAUCCCCAUGAAUUAACACAACAACAGUGGGAUGAAACUCUGAAGUGGUAUUAUCAGCUUGUAAAUGAUGGUGGUGUUAUAGCCAAUGUGUCUGGUAGUAUGUUAGCAGAAGUAGAUAGGCUUUUAUACAAUCUAAAACUCAAUAUGCCUCAGUUUGAAAUGGAUGGACAUAAGAAUAUCUGGAUCGUUAAACCAGGAGCCAAAUCCAGAGGAAGAGGAAUUGUGUGUUAUGAUAAACUGGAGGACAUGUUGAAAUUAGUCAGUAGUCAAGUGGUACGCAAAGACAACAAAUAUGUUGUGCAAAAAUAUAUGGAGCGACCACUUUUGAUAUACAACUGUAAGUUUGACAUUCGUCAGUGGUUCCUUGUCACGGACUGGAACCCUCUAACCAUCUGGUUCUACCAGGACAGCUACCUCAGGUUCUGUUCACAAGAGUACACUCUCGAUGAUUUUGAUGAGUCCAUUCAUCUGUCCAACAAUGCCAUCCAAAAAUAUUAUAAAAACGGUCCCAGACAUCCACUACUGCCCACACAAAACAUGUGGACUCAUGAGCAGUUUCAAGACUACAUCAAAGGCCAGGGUCAUGGUAAUAUGUGGGAAGACUUGAUCUACCCUGGCAUGAAAAAAGCCAUAAUUUGUGCCUUAUUGUCUACACAAGAUGUCAUUGAAUACAGAAAGCCCUCCACAUUUAAGUCGUCGUUUGAAUUAUAUGGUGCUGAUUUCAUGUUGACUGAGGACUACCGUCCCUGGUUGAUAGAAAUCAACUCCAGCCCUAGUAUGGAGAGUAGUACUGAGAUAACUCGGCGUAUGUGUACUAAUGUGUUAGAGGAUUCCAUCAAAGUUGUGGUGGAUAGGCGAUACGACCGAAAUUGUGAUAUAGGGAGAUUUGAGCUAGCAUUCAAACAGCCUUUGGUGACUGUUCCCCCUUACAUAGGCACCAACCUCUGUGUUGAGGGACAAACAGUGAGAAAACCAUUUGGCUUUAACAAUGUACGAAAAAGCCUGGAUAAUGAUGCCUACUUUUCUCCACGGAAACCUCCUGCAUUUAGUACAGAGAGCAAAGAACUAAGCUUCAAGCCAGCACCACCAACAACCAAGAGACCUCAAAGCGAAAAUUUUGAUGCAAGUCACAAGAAUACAAAUGCAUCCAAUAGUGCUCCAGCGAAGGGUAAGUCCGCGCCAGGCGAAAGUCAGGAUCAUCCGCACAAAUAUAACACACAAAAAAGGACUAGUCAUCACAAAUCACAAAAUGAUCAAAACCAAGUCACACCGUCCUCUAGUCACUCUAGUUGUUACUCAGAAUCCAGCGGCAGAAGCAGCAAGGAGACAAAGGAGAACAGCAAGGAGACGAAGGAAAAUAGCAAGGAGAGCAAAGAAAAGGACAACAGUAGUCAGGUCUCCAUGUCCCAACCUCUGGCUUUCCCAAAGGCUGAGAAGUCAGGUUCUUUGCCCAUCUCUAGCUGCAGUGCAUGGGCUGGUAAAAAGAUGGUCUCCAGUUCAUCUGUCUCUAACAACUACACGAUUCCCAACAUUGACAAACUCGAUCGUCCAACGUUAGCUGUCAAUAACGUAGAGUCGACUGACCUUCAGACCAUCAAGCCAGCAAACCCGGCUCCUCCUUCAAUAUCAUUGGCCGGUGCUAUAACCAAAGGUUUGAGUCCGCUAAUCGAUGGUGCUUGGGGGCGUACCUGUGUCGAGUGUGGCAAUGGAAUGAAUUUACACCUUGAUAACAGCAAUCCGCAAUGCAAAUGUAAACUUGAUAGCCUUGUUAUUCCUCCAGGAUAUACCAGUAGCGAAUCCUACCGCGCGGCGCGGGGUUUCCCCACCAGACCAAAGAGCAGCUACUCACCCCGCCCUCCCAGCGCUUCCGCCUGUUCGCUUAGGUCGUCUGGAAGUCUGAACUCUGCUAGCAAUCUUAGUGGCAUGCAGACUACGCUUAGAGCUGAGAAGAUGCUUCUGCGUUAUACAGAUGGUGGAAUAAAGCGGCCAGUGACGCCAGUAAGUUCGUCUGCUACCAAUCCGCUGCCGAGGCUCGUGCGGCGGUACAUAGGGCGGCGCUCCAUACAGUGUCACGAGUUACCGCUCGUGAACGCGUCGACUGCUGUGUUUAUUGACACGUCACAAGUUCACAAUCCACUGUCUAUUACGUCACAUGGAGUCACAAACAGAUAAUGGAUUACACACUGUUGACAUAAUGCAUUGCAGACUUUAGGAAGGUUUUAGAAAAUAAUUUUAUAACAAAGUGAAAUAUUUUCCAUUAAAACGGGAACAGUCGCCGGUACGACACCUUGCACACUGACUUCACACUUUAUUUCUUUGAUCUGCUUAUUACAUUCUACCCCUAUUUAAUUGUACACUGCAUUAAUUAGUCUAACAUUAUUUUGACAAUAACAAUUCACUGUAUUUAAUACUAAUACAAUAGGAGAGGAAGAAAUAGGAAGGAACGUUUACUGUUGUCAUAGAUACCUUUUUGUUGCCCUUUUUAAAGCAGCUAGGUGUGAAAAUCUUUAUUUCAAUGUUAAAUUAUGAUUUAAAGUGUUUGGAAAAAAUCAAGGUAAAUAUUAGUUUGAAAUCCUUUCCGCUGAAGCUUUGAUCCUAUAUGAAGUAUAGAAUGAUGAAGAUUUUUCAAUCGAUGCAGACACAUUAUUAAACAAAUAAGCUUGUACAAACCAUGUUACAUGUGAUGUUUUAAAAAAAUUGUCACGUUUAAAAAAAACAUUUUUUUUAAAAUUUUAAUAUUAAAAACUGUGAUAUAAUUAUAAAUUGCACAUUUUUUAAUCAUGUCAUAUGUUUAAAUUUCAUAUACUGCAUUUUUAUAUUAUUUAUAUGAAUUUUAGAAGUAUUUUCAUUGAAUUGUUGCUUGUUAUAGAUUUUAUUUGUUAUUAUUUUUGUGAAAUGCUUGUUUUUUAUCAUUUGUUGUACACCUUAAAAUGCAUUUACCUCUAUAUAUAGCACCAUUUGUUGGUAAUAUGUGUGAAAUUGAUUUGAAAUCUAUAAUGUGUGAAAGGGUGAAUAUAUAUCCAUUUAAAAUUAAGGAUGUAUGAAACUUAAAUUUACUAUGAUAAAAAACAAAUUAGAGACGAAAACUUAUGAAGUUUAAGAAAACACAUUUCUGAUGAUUUCUGCUCAUAAAAUGCUGUGAUAUUUCAUCUGAUGAAAUAUUUUUAUAGGAAAGUAUCUUUAAUGUUUUUUUUUAAAAAAAUAAAUUGCUGGUAUGUA